AUGCCCACGCAAGACCCCACCAUUCCUCCAGCUGCAAAGCCUACUAAAACGCACUUUGAUGCUUGGAAUUCCUCUUCAACCGGUCAUCAAAGAGCUGAGAACCGCCUUGGAGGUUCGACAGGAUGGAGACUCUCUCGAACAACGAAACUAGGGUAUCAAUUCAAAUCGCAAGGGACUGGUGGCAAAAGGAUAUUAGAUAAAGUUGGCGCAGGCUCCGAAGACUGGGACGAUAAAGCAAAAGCAUUGAUACCUAAACAUGUCAGAGAAAGGGCAAAAGUGAGCGUCGAAGAUAUGGUAGCUGGAAAGAGCGCAAUGUCCGGAUCACAAUCGACAAUCUCAGAGUCGAGAAGGCUGCCUUUGACCGAAGAGGAAAAGGUGAUGGCGCAGAGGAGACUGGAAGACGAGGAAAGAGAACGCGAGAAAGCCAGUACAUCCAAAGGAAUGUUCGACGGGCUUGCGGUAUAUAUAAACGGCAGUACUUAUCCGUUGAUAUCAGAUCAUCGUCUGAAGCAACUUCUUGCGGAAAACGGUGCCAGACUGUCUAUCAGUUUGGGGAGACGUCAAGUUACUCAUGUCAUUCUGGGUAAACCAUCAGCAGGCCAAGGAGUUGGAGCUGGAGGAGGUCUGGCUGGAGGAAAACUCGAGAAAGAGAUUCGAAGGGUCGGUGGUUGCGGUGUAAGAUACGUUGGGGCUGAAUGGGUGCUCGAAAGUAUCAAGGCCGGCAAAAGGCUUCCUGAAACACAAUUUUCGAACCUUAAGGUGGCUGCCAAAGGACAACAGAGUGUCUAUGGCAUGUUUAAAAAAUCAAACAGUACAGCUUCUUCAGAAGCUGGAUUCCCUUAA